AUAAAUCACAAAAAUAGAAAGAAUUUAACAGCUUUAAGUGUGUUAUUAUAUGUUGAUAAUAUAAAGUUAAUAAAUUCGGGAGAUCUGGAAAGAUAUUUUAUAGAUCCAUACACCUAGCGAUUUGGUACAUUAUCAUUUAAAUAACAAGAAAAACCAGCCGUUCGACUAAAUUUUUUUAAUUUUAAUUAAACCCAUAAUUAAAAUUAACCUUUUUGAGAAAAUUGAAGCUUUCAAUAGAUAAAAUAUAAUAAAUAACAAACACUAUUGAACGCUGUUAAAUCAGCUAGAAUUAUUGAUACAGGAAUUUUAAACAUUAUUUUUUAAUAAAUAUAAAGCCUACGAAUGGUAAAAUUCGAUAAUUCUGCCGGGAUUGGCCAUUCAUAUAAUGAAUGGAUCUUUAGCACACAAAUGUAUAUUAAUAUUAAUCAUCCAAUGUGUAUAUUGCGCUGAUAAACCAAAUGAUCACAUUCGAGGUGCGAAUGGAGGACAAGCAAACGAAUCUGGUGCCGAAGAUGAUGGUAGUGAGGACAACUUUAAUGUGGCAGAUGUGACGGGUCCACCAAUAUUUAUGGGAGGUGCUCCAGGUUAUUCACCUGCUUAUCCACAACCUCCUGUAUUUCCUCAGCCAAUUCCCGCAGGACAACUAGUUUCUUUUCCUCCGAGUCAAGUAAAUUUAGUAGGACAACAACAGGUUUAUCCCGGAAUUCCAUAUCAACAUAUUCCCAUACCACCUUCGAGUCAACCACAAUUACAUCCACAGCCUCAAUUACACCCUCAAUUACACCCUCAAUUACAACCUCAAUUACAACCUCAGUUACAACCUCAAAUUCAACAAGUUAUUCCGCCUGGUUAUGUACAAGUACAACUCAUUCAGCCAGGAUAUGGAAUUGGCUAUCAGCCUCAGGCUCAAAUUAUAGGUUCUGUUACACCUGUAACGCCUUUCAUAUAUCAACCUGUUCCCGUAGCUUAUCCAGUGGCAUUUCAACCAACUCCAGCAUAUGUAGUGACUGGACCAAUUCCCGGUACUCAACCUACAGUUCCUGUUCAACAAUUUCAACAUUAUCAACCUGUACAACCACAAGCUGGACCUGGUUUCCAAGAUCAACCUGGACAACUUAGCGAUUCUAGUGGAGUUGUCGGCGAUGUUGAUGAUAAAUCUCAACAAACUAGCGAGGCUGAAGGUGAGGGUGGAGCUGUAGGAGGUGAGCCCAAACAACCAAAGGCUGAGGAUGAAAUUGAUUAUGAAAGUUAUGAUCUGAUAGUGAAAGAUUUGGAAUCGUUAGACAUUGAGGAUGAGACUAAAAAGCCGAGCCCAAAAGUACCUGAAUCAGGAAUCAAACCGCAUCCUUAUGGACAAUUUGUACCUGGAUUUUUGUCUCACAAAUACCCAUCAAUUACUCUCUAUGGAAUGAAUGGUAAAAAUGAACUGGUUCAACUGGGUACUCACCACCACAACGUGGUAUCAGACACUGAUUAUAUUGUUAAAGUUCGUUUAAAAAUCCCUAUUUGUAAAUUAGUUUCUGACGGCAGAACAGUAUGGGAUCAUCGACCAGGUUUGCCACAACAUAAGUUUUUUUGUUAUUUCAAAUAUGAGUCAAGGUUCUCCUUUUAUUCGGAAAAAUUAGUAGAGUCGUGUAUGAUGGAUAAAGGCUUAUGGAUUUGUACGUUCAAGGAAGUCCCAGGAAUAAAAUUCUACAAACAAAAUGCACAAAACGAAUUAGUUGAAAUUGGUCUUGCGGAGAUGCUUAUAGAUUACAACGGGAUUUUAGAAGUUAGAUUUAAUAUUGAUCCGAGUGUAGACUGCGUGCUGGUUAGAUUUAAUGAAGAGACGCUUUGGGAAAAGAUGCCUAAUAUGGUUUUAAGAGGAUUGACUUAUAUCGACGACAAUUCGAUGAUGCUUUACAUUUGUCAAAGAGAAUAUUGGCUUAGAAAAGUUCGUGGCGAUUGGGUUUUGAAAAGACUCCCAAGACAAACUAAGGGUAGGAGGAAUAUGAAAUGAGACGAAACUCAUUCAACCGGCGUUAAAUAGGUAAAUAGGAUUAAAUUAAGGAUAAAUAGACAAAAUUAGUAUUUUAAAAGCUAAAUGAGUGUUUUUUAUUUUCAAAAAUAAUCAAAACAAGUAUUUAAAAAAGACAGGAAGAGCACAGGUCUAGAGGUGACUAUAAUCAGAGAAUUUAUCAACACAUAAACAAUUGACCAAUUUUUGAUGUAAUAUAAUUUGUAAAGUGAAGGAACGAGAUAUAAUAUUCUAUGAACUGA